UGUACGCCGCAGGUGCAGAACAAAGCUAGCGGCUCACAAAAAAGUUUGAUUUUCUUUCUUAAACGACAAGCAAAUCUUCAACAAGUGCGCGAAAAAUAUAGGAGAACGUUUGCCAAUAGAACAUGGUAAUGGCAGAUCGACAAAGUGAAGAAUUGAGAAACGGCAGGCGAUCAAGAGGUCCAAGCCCGAAUGGCAAUUUCAAUGAUGACGACAGCAGCGCCGCUGAGGAUUCAGAUCAAGAUAAUGGCAUGCGAAUUGGAGAAGAGUUUCAAGCUAAUAUAGUACAAUACAACCCAGAUGCUUACAAACAAGAAAGUCGCCCAGAAGGCGCCAUGCUGGUUUGGUCCCCAAAUCAAGAUGUUCUGGAUAGCAAAGUUGAUGAGUAUAUCCAUAUUGCUAAGGAAAAGCAUGGAUACAAUACAGAGCAAGCUCUUGGUAUGUUGUUCUGGCAUAAACACGUGGUUGACAAGGCUCUUGCUGACUUAGCCAACUUCACACCCUUCCCUGAUGAGUGGACAGUGGAAGAUAAAGUGCUGUUUGAACAAGCAUUUAGCUUCCAUGGGAAGAGCUUUCACAGAAUAAGACAAAUGUUGCCUGAUAAAUCUAUUGCCAGUUUGGUGAAGUACUAUUAUUCUUGGAAGAAAACCAGAUCACGCACUAGUCUGAUGGACAGACAAGCCCGUAAACUAGCCAACCAUAGAGAUGACAGUGAUGAGGAUCUAGGCAGCAGCAGUGAUAGUGAUUUUGAAAAGAAUAAAGAAAAUGGGAAGACUACAGUCUCUGCUGAUGGCAAAACAAUUUGUACCAACUGUGAAAUAACCUGCACACAAUUACAUUCCACACCUAAAGGAAAUCUGUGCAGCUCCUGCUAUCAAUACUGGAGGAGAACAGGAGUGAUGCGCACUGCUAUGGGUAAGCGUGACCUCCAAAGUCGUCACCAUCCAUACAAGAACAAAAGAAAGCCACCUAGAGGCAUGUACCUGGAGCAAGAUGACCUUAUUGCCUUGGCCACUGGACCAGCAGGACAAGGAGAUGCCCUGCUGAAGAAUUUGGAAGCUGAACUUGUUAGUCUGAAGCGACAGGUGCAGAAUAAUAAACAGAUGUUGAGCCUACAAAAACACAAGACCAUAGGUGGAAUUGAUGACCUGCGAAUACCAGAGGGGAAUCAGCGGAUUAAUGCCAGAUGGACAAAUGAAGAAUUACUGUUGGCUGUUCAAGGAGUAAGAAAAUAUGGCAAGAAUUUCAGAGCAAUAGCAGAGACCAUUGGCAACAAAACUGAAGCACAUGUACGUACAUUUUUCAUCAAUUUCCGAAGAAGAUACAACUUGGAUGAGGUGUUGGCAGAGUACGAGAAGGAGCAUGGAUCUGAUGGAACAAAAUAUGAGGAAGAUCUGAAUGGUGUUGAAGAAAAGAUGGAGUUGGAAGAUGACAAGCAAACUGCUCCAAGUGUAGGUCCAAAUGUUGGUGCUCCUCCACCAUUGCUGAAGCAGGGUCAGAGCCCAGUAAAAUCCACCUACUUGCAACAACCAGCCAGAUCAAAUAACCGCCCAAUUCUGCAGCAACCACCACCACUCAUCCGCCCAUCAAACACUACACCAGUGCCUCCAAAGCCACCCAAGCUUACUAGUGUGGACAAAGACUGAACCCUGACUUUGACUUCUGCUUUAGUAGUGGGAAAAUCAAGCUACAACCAAUAAAGUCAUGACAUUAAGUAUUAAUUGCAGUCCAUGAAAACAUAAUAAAUUGAGGACUUAAAAGUUUCCACUAUAGUGUGGCAGAUGGCGUGCUUUGCUUUGCAAUACAGUGCUCCAUCAGUUCAGAACUGAUUCUAGUUUCUGGGGCUAGGGCUUGUGGUAUCAUGGAUGUCUGCAUUCCUGGUGUUCUGUGUCAGAAAAAUGGAGGGGAAUUAGUGGUCACUUUUACCUGUCUGGCUGUUAAUACCUUUAUGAACUGGCUACAAUUUUCCAUGCCUUGACAUCUCAUACUAGUAGUCAGUGUCUGAUUUAUGUAGCUUUACCCUGUUGAGACCUCUUUGGAAUGCAGAUGCUGAUACAUGAAUCGUUCAAUGACAAAAAAAAAGGAUUGAGAUAUGUCUGGCCUACAAUGAUGGCAAACUGACUAAAGUAAGUUAGAAGUUUCAUCAAAGAUGCUGUCAUAUUUGUGCACAGUUUAAUGUAAAUCAGUUUUUUGUAUUGAUAUUUUGGUGUAUGUAAUUUUGUAUUUAUUAUUAUGAUAAAUAGUAUCUAAGUUAAUGUAAUUUCUUAAUUUGUAGUGUAAAUACAAAAAUAUGGUGAACUGGGUGCAAUUAAAACUCAAGUAAUUUGCUCUUUAGUUUAUGCUCCUUCAAGAGAGUCAUGUGAGAUGUGCUUGUCAUGUUAACCAUUCAAUAUUUACCACCCACCAUUUGAUUUUAACAACAAUGCUGGGAAGCUACUCAGAAAAUUGUUUAAAGUGCAAUGUUGACUUAGAUAGUUGUCUUACCCUGUAAAGAGUGCCUAAAUGUGUAGAUGGUUGUGAAAAGGAUAAA